GGUCUUUUUCAGCAGCUUUGUGUCUGAACCAAUGCAGUUGCGUGUUACUGCAGAGUGGGCUGUACGCGCAGCGGCUGAGAGAUUCUUCAAUCCGCACGGAAUGUCUGGGACGGAGUCUGGAAGCGGACCGCCAGGACAGCCUUCACCAUUCCCCAGCACCCCUCCAAUGAUGCCCCCCCCUUUCAUGCCUCCCCCAGGAAUGCCGCCUCCUUUCCCUCCGAUAGGGAUCCCCCCAAUGGGUCAGCGCCCCCCCGCCAUGCCCCCAAUGCCUCUUGGCAUGAUGCCUCCCAUGAUGCCCCCAAUGAGCGGACCCCCUCCCAUGGGACAGAUGAUGCCCCCAAUGAUGCCAGGUAUGAUCAUGCCAGCCAUGCCACCUGGGCCCGUUGCCGCCCCCACACCGGCAUCUGCAUCAGCUUCAGACUCUGUAACAGCAUCUCAGGCGACUCUGAUCCCCAACCCUGCCUGUCCCACCUCCCAGCAGCCAGAGACUGCGGGCAGCUCUCCAGGGCAGGAGCAAUCCAUGAAGGCUCUCUGGACAGAGCACAAGGCCCCUGAUGGGAGGACAUAUUUUUACAACCCAGAAUCGAAGCAGUCUACCUGGGAGAAACCAGACGAGCUCAAGUCUAAAGCGGAGCUCCUGCUGUCUCGGUGCCCCUGGAAAGAGUACCGAUCGGACACGGGGAAACCCUACUACUACAACUCCCAGAGCAAGGAGUCUCGCUGGACCAAGCCCAAGGACCUGGAGGAGCUGGAAGGAAUGAUCAAGCAGGAGGAAGCACCUGGGAAGUCCCCGGAGCUCUCGGCUGCAGACCCAGUUGUGGCCUCCAGGGGUGCUGUGGUGUCCGUCCAUUCGCUGGAACCUGAGCCCGCCCCCUCGGAAGAGGAGCAGCAGGACCCCCCGGCCUCGCUGCCUGACGGAGAGGGGGGGAACACUGCGCUUGAGGAGGGAGCAACAGCGGGGCAGCCCGAAGAACAGGCAGCCAGUGAGCCGAGGAGGGAGGAAGAGGAGAAGACGGAGCUGGAGAAGAGGACCUGCACCUGGAGCAGCAAGGAGGAAGCCAAGCAGGCUUUCAAAGAGCUGCUGAAGGACAAGGGGGUUCCCUCCAACGCAUCCUGGGAACAGGCCAUGAAGAUGAUCAUCAACAACCCCAGAUACAGCGCCCUCCCAAAGCUGAGUGAGAAGAAGCAGGCCUUCAAUGCGUACAAGGCCCAGCGGGAGAAGGAGGAGAAGGAGGAGGCUCGGCUCAGAGCCAAGGAGGCCAAGGAGAGGCUGCAGAGAUACCUGGAGCAACACGAAUGCAUGACCUCCACCACGCGAUACAGGAAAGCAGAGCAGAUGUUUGGGGAGCUGGAGGUGUGGGCGGUGGUCCCGGAGCGAGAACGCAAGGAGAUCUACGAUGAUGUGCUCUUCUUCCUGGCCAGGAAAGAGAAGGAGGAGGCCAAGCACAUCCGUAAGAGGAACACCCAGGAGCUGAAGAGCAUUCUGGACAGCAUGAGCAGUGUGAGCUACCAGACCAGCUGGUCAGAGGCACAGCAGAACCUCAUGGACAACCCCACCUUCGCAGGGGACCAGGACUUGCAGAACAUGGACAAGGAGGACGCUCUGAUCUGCUUCGAGGAGCACAUCCGUGCGCUGGAGAAGGAGGAGGAGGAGGACAAGGAGAAGACCCGGCUCCGAGAGCGGAGACAGCAACGCAAGAACCGAGAGUACUUCCAGGCUUUCCUGGAUGAGCUGCACGAGACUGGGCAGCUGCACUCCAUGUCCACCUGGGUGGAGCUCUACCCCUCCGUCAGCAGUGACUUCCGAUUCGCCAGCCUGCUGGGACAGCCAGGCUCCACCCCCUUAGAUCUGUUUAAGUUUUACGUCGAGGAUCUGAAAGCCCGUUUCCAUGACGAGAAGAACAUUCUAAAAGACAUUCUGAAGGACAGGGAUUUCGCAGUGGAGGUCAGCACCACGUUUGAAGACUUUGCCCACGUCAUCAGCUUCGACAAGAGAGCUGCCGCGUUGGACGCUGGCAACAUUAAACUGACCUUCAACAGCCUGCUGGAGAAGGCAGAGGCACGGGAGAGGGAGAGGGAGAAGGAGGAAGCGCGGAAACUGCGCAGGAAGGAAGCUGCCUUCAAGAGCAUGCUGAAGCAGGCGACGCCCCUCCUCGAGCCAGGCUCCAGCUGGGAGGAGGUGCGGGAGCGCUUUCUCAGUGACUCUGCCUUCGAUCAGAUAACUCUGGAGUCGGAGCGGAUCCGGCUCUUUAAAGAGUUCACCCAGGUGCUGGAGAACGAAUGCCAGCACCACCACGCCAAGAGCAAGAAGCACUCGAAAAAGUCAAAAAAACACCAUCGCAAGAGAUCCCAUUCCCGAUCAGGCUCGGAGUCUGAGGAUGAUGAGCACCAGCACCGCUCCCAGAAGAAGAAGAAGCGCAACCACUCCGAGUCCGGGUCCGAGCGCUUCUCCUCCCCGGAAUCAGGUACCUCCUGCAGGGACAUGCCCAGCACAGUCCUGGAUCACAGCUCUAGGAAAUCCAAGAAGCAGAAGAAGAAGAGCAAAAAGAGAAGACGCAGAUCGGUGAGUCUCGCGCAGUCAGGAGCGUGUCUGGAGGGGAGCUGGCAGGGAAGUGACAACGCGCUUCUAUUCCCACAGAACACUCCGGAAAAGGAGGGAGAGCCGGAGAAGAGCAGGAAGGAGCGGGAGAAGGACAAGGACAGGGAGAGCGAGCGGGCCGAGGUGCGGCACAAAUCGCCCAAACACUCCGGCAAGAAAGAGAAGACAGGAUGGGACACCUCAGAGAGCGAGCUGAGCGAAGGAGAGCUGGAGAAGAGGAGACGGACCCUCCUGCAGCAGCUGGGUGAUGACCAGUGAACAGACUCCUUACUGGAAGAGGCUCCUACCCCAGCAAGUGCCCACAAACCUGGGCAGGCUGGGGGGGGAAGGCGUCCAGUCCAGAGAAGAGCCGUGUGAGGAACACUGAGUUUGGAACCCCCCAUUUCUGGUACUCGCCACAAAUCAUAGGUCUCUAUGCAGGGUCGCCCUGAAACAUUCAGACAACCUAGAAGCAACUCUCUGUAGAUGGACUUCGCAGCCUACCAGAAAGCAGCUUCAGACUAUUCUGCUAACGUUUCCCAGUUUCACUCGUCUGCUUUCUCCACGGUGUGAAAGGAGGGUCUUGGACAGGAGUUUAAAAAGGUCACGUUUGCCAGACCUGUGAGAUUUUCAGUCUGGAAACAAGAGCCCUGCCUUCUGGAUUGAACACGACGCACUGGACUGUCAGGCAGCCCCUAAAGCUCUGGCGUCUGUUUAUAUUGUGCUGUACCGGGAUCGUUCAGGGACGCUCGCUUUCCACUGCGAUAGGAACAGGUUUGUUUUUUGACAGUAAAACCAUUUUAAAAGAUUGGACACAUUUCCCAGUGAAGUGUGUGCGUUUUAGCGAUCGCGCUGCACAAUGAAUGGGUGAUUAUUAGAUUUUAUUGCUGUUCAUUUCUGUGCAGGAAGGCUGUUGCAUUAUAUGGCCAUCGUUAAAUAUUGGCUUCAGUAUAAAUCAGUUUUUUUGAGAGUGUUAAAAAAAAAAAAAAAUAAUAAUAAUUUCCAUUUUGCUUCUCAAUCAGAACUUCCAGAAUAACCACCCCUUGCUGCAAGGAGAGCAAGCUUGUUAAUCAAUGACACUUCAGACCAGAAAUCAAGUUGGUUUUUUUUUUUGGUAAUUUAUUAAGAAUAUGUACAGAGUUUCUGAUCUGGAGGCUAGAAUCAGGUUUGGCAUAGUUUUACAAAAUAAAGUGUGACACAGGAAUGAAACAAAAGGUUUUACUUUAUACAUUUACAACAGAUAUAGAGGGGGGUGUAUAUAUGUUUAUCAAACAACAUUAACUGGAUAGUGUAUACUUUUGCACUGAGAUCCUUUUGUAGCUAAA